AUGAAUUGUCCAUCGAGAACAGAUGAGCCAUUGGAAGGCGAUGGAUAUAAUCAAAAUCCCAAUGCCUUGGCAAAUGAUCUCACCACUCGAGAAGAUCUGAACGGUCGAGCAAAUGGAAGAGCAUUGAGGAGAAGUUUGGAGGAUGAAGGCGUGGAAUCUAUCAAUGAUCUGGUCGAUGAUACCGGCGAUGGAAAGGUGACGGGAGGUGAGAAUGGUGCGGGAGGGGGGGCUGGGGGUGAAAGGGGCGGUGGAGGCGGUGGACGUGGUGGAGAUGGGAAGAGUGGUCACGUGGUUGGACCUACCGUUGAGGCUCUUGAUAUUAGAGAUCAAUCGGGAACGAAAAGGGGAUCCGAAAGAAGUUGUGUCAAUAUCUCUAAAGAACAACUGGUGAAAAUGAAGCAAGUUAUGGUCAAAUUUGCUAAAUUCGUGGGUCCGGGCUUCAUGGUAGCGGUGGCAUAUAUUGAUCCCGGAAAUUAUGCGACGGAUGUUGCUGCAGGUGCAACGUAUAGGUUUAAGCUGUUGUUUAUUGUUUUGAUGUCCAAUAUCUUUGCAAUCUUUUUGCAAAGUCUUUGUAUCAAAUUGGGUACUGUUAGUGGUUUGAAUUUGGCAGAGGCUUGUAGGGCUUUCUUGCCGAAAUGGUUGAAUAUUGGCCUUUAUAUCUUGGCUGAGGGUGCAAUUAUCGCUACAGAUAUUGCUGAGGUGAUUGGUACAGCUAUCGCUAUCAAUCUUUUAAUACCUCAAAUACCUUUGGUAGCUGGUUGUGCUUUGUCUAUCCUUGAUGUUCUUAUUCUUCUCGCAUUUUAUCCUGGAAAUGGUGAAAUGAAGAGAUUGAGAUAUUUUGAGAUGUUUGUUGUUGCUUUGGUAUUAGGUGUUGUUAUUUGCUUUUGCAUUCAAUUAUCACUCAUUCAGGAUACUUCCGUAGGUCAAGUUUUCAAGGGAUACUUACCUUCUCAAGCUAUCGUACAAUCUAAGGGACUCUAUCAAGCAUGUGGUAUUCUAGGAGCAACCGUCAUGCCUCAUAGUCUCUACCUUGGAAGUGGUAUCGUACAACCUAGACUUCUAGACUACGAUAAGAAGAACAAUUUUGUCAAAAAAGAUUUUGAUCUAGGUACCAAGGAACCAUAUUAUCCAUCCCUUCCAGCCAUCAAAUUCUGUCUCAAAUACUCCUACGCCGAAUUAGCAAUAUGUCUCUUCACAUUUGCACUCUUCGUCAAUUCUGCAAUUUUAAUUGUAGCUGGAGCAGCUUUGUAUAAUAACCCUGCUGCACCAGAUGCUGAUCUUUUCGGUAUUUACGAUUUACUUGUUUCGAGUAUUUCGAAAGGUGCUGGAACUAUUUUUGCUCUAGCUUUGUUAUUAUCAGGCAUGAGCGCUGGUAUUGUUUGUACUAUCGCUGGACAAAUGGUUUCAGAAGGCGCAUUAAACUGGACUAUUAGACCUUGGUUAAGACGCCUUUUAACCAGAAGUCUAAGUAUCACACCUAGUAUCAUCAUUGCUGGUGCUGUUGGUCGUGAAGGUUUAUCAGCUGCUUUAAAUGCAAGUCAAGUAGCUCUCAGCAUUGUUCUUCCAUUUGUUACAGCACCCCUGAUCUAUUUCACUUGUCGUAACAAAUUCAUGACAGUAAGAUGUCAAAACCGAAAUAGCUUUGCGGAAGAUGAUGAGAAUACGAGGGGAAAUGUAGAUGGACCGAUGGAAAUUGAAAGUGUUUAUGAGAAUGAUGGAACUGGUAUGAGUGGAGAGACGGGCGAGGGGACUAAAAUGAGAAAUCAUUGGAUUACGGCUGUUGUGGCUGCUGUUAUUUGGACGAUUAUGGCGGCGAUGAAUGUGGCUAAUUUGGUUUUACUUGGGAAGGGGGAAGUUUGA